AAAAAGUCUCUUGUCUCUACCAGUGUGUUUGUUGCGAUGUUGUGGAAGUUGCUAGAGCCAUGCUAACUUUUAGGUUAUUUAUUUCAUGUUAAACGUUCUCAAGUUACUUUUAGAGCAUGAGCUAUGUUUCUUUAUAUUUUUUAGUUUACUCUAAAUUGUAAUAAAUCCCUUAUAUUAUAAAUAUAUAAUGGAUUCUGUUUCUAGUAAAGGGAAAAAAAGAAAGAAGGCAGGUCUUACUAAAGAUGAAGAGCUGGAAUUGGAGAGGUUGGAAGAUCUUAUAUUGGGAAGAGGCAAACAUGUCUUGAAGCAUGCUGACAACCCACCUGCAAGUGAAAAUGAAGACGUUAUUGAUAAUAGUAAGAAAAUUAAACUACCAGAAGCUGCUUGGGACGACCCAGAUGAUUCAAAUGUCAAUGUGGAAGAGGCAUUGGCUGCCCAGGGCCGUCCGAAGAUGGGAGUACCAGCCAAGGGCUCUGAUCACUAUCAAACGAUGCUCAAGAAGAGAUUUGAAAUCCGAGUCGGCAACUCAGAGUGGGCCAGACUCGACAGGAAAGUCGAACAUGAGGACAUUGAUCUGCUCCAGCGCUGUGGGAACUUCAUAGAGCAAGAGAGUGCGACAUUGUCAAAAGGCAUAUUGGAUAUAAAAAAAGUGAAAAACCUGAACAAAGCUACAGGAAGAGAGGGUCCUUACAUCAACAGUGUUCAAUUCCACCGCACCUCAACUGUGGCCUUGGUGGCUGGGACAUCAGGGAAAGCCUCCAUCUUCCAGGUUGAUGGAUCAUCCAACCCUCUGCUGCAGACUGUGAAGUUUGACAAGUUUCCUAUUCGCUGUGCUCGCUUCUCUGCAGAUGGCAACCAGUUUAUCGUUGGCUCGCAGCAUCACAGUCAUUACUUUGUGUAUGACAUGAUGGAGGGAAAGAGCAUCCGUAUACCUACCCACCACGCUACAGAACAGACCACCAUGAAGAAGUUUGAAGUGUCCCCGGAUGGCAAGUUGUUAGCAGUGUGUGGCAGGUUUGGUGACAUCCACCUCAUCAAUGCUCGUACCAAGGAGUGGAUUGGUACCCUCAAGAUGAAUGGAGAGGUGAAGGCUCUGUGCUUUAAUGCCAGUGGCUCCCAACUCUGGACUCACGGAGCCACAGGGGAGGUGUAUGUGUGGGACACUGGAAGUCGCAAAUAUCUCCACAGGUUUGCGGACGACGGAUGCCUGGAGGGUAGCAGUAUCUCUGUGUCCCCCAGUGGUCAGCUGGUAGCAUGUGGUAGCACUGCGGGGGUGGUCAAUGUGUACAACACACAGUCAGCUCUGCGAUCCACAGUACCACAGCCUGCCAAAGCAUUCAUGCACCUGGUCACUGCAGCCUCCUCCCUACAGUUCGAUCCUUCCAGUCAGCUGUUGGCCAUGGCUUCUGAUGGAAAGGAUGGUGCCUUUAAAUUGGUACACUUCCCAUCAAUGACUGUGUUCAGCAACUUCCCAGCUAAGGACAGGGAACUUCUGCUAGGAAGAGUUCAAAGUCACGACUUCUCCCCAAACAGUGGGUUCCUGGCCGUGGGAAACAGUCAACACACUGUACAGCUCUUCAGGUUGAAACACUUUGGGAACUACUAGACUUGCUGCAACUAAGACCUUGUGUCCUGAAUGUACAAAUAUAUUUUAUACAAUUUUAAA